AUGACGAACUACUCCGACGAAUCAGGGCAAGAGAUUAACAUGAUAAUGGGCAACCCCAUCCAUCGCGAUUCCAUCUCGACAAUCACGGAGCAUGAAUACGCAGCGGUGGAGCACGAUCGCAACCCGACCCGCGAAGAAAUCCCCACUAUCAUCUUCACGGAUCAAGAUACGGCGGGGCUGGAUACCCCUCACGUCGACCCACUCGUGGUCAGCUUGCACAUCAGUGACUCCAGCGUAGCAAGAAUCCUGAUCGAUACCGGGAGCACGGUGAAUCUAAUCUACAAAGAGACCCUCAACCGCAUGGGAAUCAGCAGAGACCAGAUCAAGCGUUCGUUGUACUCCCUCACCGGGUUCACCUCCGAACAUGUCUCCAGUGAAGGCACGAUCCGCCUACCUAUCCACGUCGGAGGAACAACCAAAGCCGCCAAAUUCUUCGUCAUCGAUAAACCAGCCAUUUACAACGCCAUUUUGGGCACCCCAUGGCUCCACGAGAUGAAGGCCGUCGUCUCGACCUUUCACCAAUGUGUGAAAUUCCCGGCGCAAUCAGGAAUUUACACACUGAGAGGGAAUCAAGGGGCAGCAAGGUCAUGCUUCCUCUACGAGCGACGGCUCCGCCUAGCAGCAACGUGCACCGCAAACGAGGAAAUGGAUCCACGCCUUCCAUACCACCAGAGACCAAAGCCAGCCCUCAUCGACGAAGUGAAUAUCGACGAAUCGUGUCCGGAAAGGUGCGUUGGCAUCGGUGGCGACCUCGAUGAAAAGAUCAAAGAGCAACUGGUCAUAUUGCUCAAACAGAACGUGCACCUUUUCGCAUGGUCAAUGGCAGAUAUGAAAGGGAUCGACCCGGCAAUCACAUCCCACGAGCUAAACGUGGACUCUACCUACAAACCCAUGAGACAGAAAAGACGCAAGCUCGGCGCCGAUAAAGCUCAAGCAGUCAAUGAAGAAGUGGAAAAGUUACUUAGAGCCGGAUCGAUCACGAAGUAA